CCCAGCUUUUAUGCCUUCUCAAUGCACUACUACUCAUUAGCCUCCCUUUUGUUGCUUUAUAAAAGCCCUGCAUGGGGUUAUCUUUGCCUUGUGGGAACUUGAGAAGCCUGCUGAAAUAUAGUCGGGGUAAGAUUGAUUAUCAAAGAUUAGAGAUCGAAGCGGCUGGAUCAGAAAAUAUGUACCAACAUCAAGGGAAGAGCAUGCACCCUGAGAGACAUUUGUUCCUGCAAGUAGGGAAUGGCCUCGGAGAUUCCGGUCUCGUUCUUUCGACCGAUGCCAAACCAAGACUCAAGUGGACGCCCAAUCUUCAUGAGCGGUUCAUCGAAGCCGUCAAUCAGCUUGGAGGUGCCGAUAAGGCUACACCUAAAACAGUAAUGAAACUAAUGGGGAUUCCUGGCCUUACUUUAUACCAUCUCAAGAGUCAUCUUCAGAAAUAUAGACUCAGUAAAAAUCUUCAUGGACAAGCUAAUAAUGGAAAUAACAAGAUAGGCGCGGUUGCAACGACCGGAGAUAGAAUGUCUGAAGCAAAUGGAAAUCACAUGAAUAACUUGAGUAUUGGACCUCAAACAAACAAAGGCUUACAAAUCGGCGAAGCGCUGCAAAUGCAAAUUGAGGCACAGAGAAGGUUACGUGAACAGCUUGAGGUGCAGCGACAUUUACAGCUUCGUAUUGAGGCUCAAGGGAAAUACUUACAGGCAGUGCUGGAGAAAGCUCAAGAGACACUUGGACAACAAAAUUCGGGUAACAUGGGUCUCGAAGCAGCCAAAGUUCAGCUAUCUGAAUUGGUGUCCGAAGUGUCCAACCAAUGCCUGAAUUCGGCAUUUUCGGACUUGAAAGACUUGCAAGGCUUAUGCCCCCAGCAGGGUCUAACACAAGCAGUUCCACCUACUGAUUGUUCAAUGGAUAGUUGCUUGACAUCAUGUGAUGUAUCUCAGAAAGAGCAAGAAAUACACAACAAUGGGAUUUGCUUAAGAAUAUACAACCCCAGCUCAUUACCGGAAGAUCGGUUGCUACCGCAAGCCGAGCUGAAAUCGUUCAACGACAUCAAAACAGGCCGUUGCACCGGUGAUUUAUCCAUGAGUGUAGGACUACAAGGAGAAAAAGGGCACCCCAACAACAAUGGCAGAAAAGAGGAUCAAGAGAGUUUCAAGCUUCAAACAGUUAAUAGAUUACCUUAUUUUUCGACAAAGCUGGACUUAAAUCUCCAUGAAGACAAUGAUGCGGCUUCAAGCUGCAAACAGUUUGAUCUGAAUGGCCUUCAGCUGGAACUGAAAAGGACCGAUCGAUCUUCGUAGCUAGAGAAACCAAAAGCGAUCGCAGUUCAUCGGAAGAGGAGACUCGGAGAAGAUAAUGCCGCUCUUUCUGAUUCACCUAUGAUCAGCUUGAAAAACCAAAAUCCAUCCAACCUUUAACUGAAUAAAGGAUAGAUUUAGCUUCAUGCAACUUCUUAAAACAUUAGAUAUGCAGGAAAACAUGGAUCGAACUG